ACCGGCGGCGAUUGAUCGGAGAAAUAGGUUGAUGCGUAAUCUAUUUUCUUCAUUUGAUAGAGGAUGAAGAUAGUUGUCGAAACUUUGGAGGGGACUCGCUUCGAGAUCGAAGUUGAACUCAAGGAUUCGGUUGCUAAAGUGAAGAAGAACAUAGAGGACGUGGUCGGAGAUAGUACAUAUCCUGCUGCACAACAAAUACUUACUCACAAAGGGAAAGUGCUUAGAGAUGAAACAACAAUGGAGGCGAACAAAGUUAUAGAGAAAAGUGUUAUUGCCAUUAUGAUGACCAAGUACCAAUCUUUGCAACCUUUGGUGCAAUCAUCCGCUCUUGAAGUCGACGAGGGUAAAGAUCCAUACAAUGAUCUAUUUGGUGGGUUCGAGCAGUGUACGGAAGAAGACUUCUCAAAUGUCAUGGCAGACCCUAAUCCCAAUUUGAUGGACAUGUCAUUUCUCGAGAACUCGCCGCCUCCUCUGGACUUUUCUACAUUAUCCAUAGAUGUUGACGAAACUAAGUUGUUGUACAAAUUUGAUCUUUCAAUCGCUGAUUACGACAUCAACAACGAUGAAUUGUCUUUUGUGGACGAUGGGUUUACCAUAUCUUGGGACAUGUUCGAACCUUCGAAUGAUGAUGAUCUUAACGAAAACAUCAACAAUGAUGUCCUAGGAGAGAUUGGUAAUGAUAAUGGUAAUAACAAUGUUGGUGAAAUUACAACAUUUGGAGUGAGCACUCGAGUUUUCGGUGAUCCUAAUGGUCCAGACUUUGAAAGUGGUGGUACAUCAACAAUGGAUGUUCUGGUACCGACAUCCUCUGAUGAAAUGCUCGUAUGCUCUUGUUGCAAAAUGCUCCGAGAAUUAGUUCAUAUCAAGGAUGGUGAAAUGAGUACACUGGAAAUCUUUGGAGGGAUUGGUUUCUUUUGCCAUGCGAUAUUGCUGACUCAAUGGUUUGCUUCUGAUUCAACGGAACGUCAAUCUCAAACAUUUCAUCUGAAAGAUUUAACGAUGGAAGAAGUAAAGAGAUUUAUAGAAGACUACUGUUCCGAGAGAGUAGCAAGUGGGUUAUCACUUGUGCAAGACACUAAUGCUACUUUCUAUCAAGCAAUAAGUGCUAACUUCAUCUUUAACCAGUUGCCGCCUAUGUUGACAAUACCAUCACCCACCGAUGUUCCAAUGUUUUUGGUUUCGCCUGAUGAAGCUCUAGAUGUUCCACUUGUGCCGCUACAUGUUGGACCGAGAGAGGAAACCACCACUGGCGUGCCAAAAGAAAGGAAAAAACGAAAAACGCCUCUCGCAACACAGAGAGAAAGGACAAAAAGAUUGACACUGAAGGAUAUCAAUAUGCUUUUUCAUCUCCCAAUCGAAACAGCGGCGAAGCAGAUGAAUCUUUGUCCGACAGUUCUAAAAAAGAUAUGUCGGAAAGGAAGUCUAAUGCGAUGGCCUCACCGUAAGAUAAAAAGUCUCCAUACAAAAAUAACGUCAUUGAAGAGUUUGGUACACACAGCAAAAAAUGAUAAAGUGAAGGCUCGCACCGAAGCGGAGAUUGAGCGACUUCAGAGACGGAUCGAUAAGAUUUGUAGCGACGCACUCAAAAAUAUGAAAUAA